GCACAUUUGGCGGCCUUCUUACUCGAUAAAUUUUUGGGAGAUUACAUUGAAGAUUUAGAUUCAAAACAACUCAAAAUUGACUUAUGGAAUGGUGAGUCUCAUCAUUAAUUAAAAUAUAUCAUCCAUAAUAUUUGCUUUUAGGCGAUGUUGCUCUUAAAAAUUUGUCCUUGAAACCAAAUGCACUAACUAAUUUCAAUCUUCCUGUUACAGUGGCUGCUGGUCACCUUCAAAAAUUAUCACUUCACAUUCCAUGGAAUCAUUUAUACUCACAUUCGACAGAAGUCGUCAUCGAUGGUCUCUAUCUACUUCUUACACCGAGAAUCGAUGUUAACUAUGACCCUGAACAAGAUGCUCAAAAACAGUAUGCUGAAAAAAUGAAAGAAGUACACAAAGUUGAACAAUUUCGCAAAGAAAGAGAAGUAUAUGAAAAUUCCAAAACGGUGUCCAAGAACAAAGAUACAUUUUUGGAACGUUUACAAAUACAUAUUCUUCGAAAUUUGACAUUGUCAAUUAGUAAUAUUCAUAUUGCUUAUGAAGAUAAAACAACGAAACCUGAUCAUCCAUUUUCAUUUGGUAUUACACUUAACUACAUCAAACUUUAUACAACUAAUGAUGAAUGGACACCUGUAGUAUCGAAAGAUGAAUCACCAAUUAUGUAUAAAUUAGGAGAACUCAAUGCUUUAUCUAUUUAUUGGAAUUCUAAUGUCAAAUCUCAAUCAGAACUAUCACAAGAGAAUAUUAUCGACAAACUACAAGCAAAAUUUGUUAGUAAGGAAGAUACUACACUAGAGCCUAUAACUUAUAUUUUACGACCAUUAAAUGUAAAUGUUAAAUUAAAAAUGGCUGCAACAUCUCAUGAACAAGAUUACACAAGACCAAUAUUCGAUGCUAAAAUCGAUAUAGAUUAUAUUAGUUUAAAUAUCAAUCGUAAUCAGUAUUGUGAUCUACUCGAUCUACUCGAAUUUCAAAAUCAUUUGAAAUUAGAAUUGAAAUAUAUUAAAUAUUAUUCUAUGAUAGAAAAUAAUACUUCAGAUAAACUAAGUGUGAGACGAUGGAAAUUUGCCUAUGUUACUAUUUUAAAUGAAGAAGUUCGACCACGACUUGCAUCCUACAAAUGGGAAACUAUUAAGACUAAUCUUGAACGAUUUCGUGAGUAUCGUGAAGUUUAUUUUCAAGUAUUAUCUGGUAAUGCAAACAACAAGCAAAAACAACGUGCUGAAGAAUUAGAAAGAACGAUUGAUGUAUUCAAUUUAAUUUUUAUUCGUCGAACUGUUGAAAUUGAGAUUAAAAAGAAACAAGCAGAACAAAAAGAACAAGGUUGGUGGAAAAAAUUGACUAUUAAUAGUUGGUGGAGUGGAGAAUCGAAUGAAGAUAAUCCAGAAUUUAAUAUUGACAAUGCAACGAUAGCCGAUGAAAAGAAGAAAUUAUACGAUGCUAUUGGUUAUGCAGAAGAUGAUACAUCAUCAGUUUAUCCAGAAGAAUAUGUUGAUAUUGAUCUGUCGAUUCGACUAAAUAUGCUUGAAAUCAAUGUCUGGUCGAAUAUUAAAGAAAACGAUACACACUUGAAAAUAAUUGCUUGUGCUGUUGUACCCAAUGUUGGUUUGAUAUUCAAACGACGUCCAGUUAAAUCAGAUUUUUUAUUUGUAAUUGAUUUGAAUUCGUUUGAUAUAUUUGGUGUUACUGCUGAUAUUAUCGAAAUAGAAAAUUCGAAUGGUAAUCGUCCUGUUCUUGUUAAACCAGUAAAUCAAAUAGAAUUAAAACAAAAAAGUCUCUUACAUAUCGAAUAUGAAACUAAUCCAUUGGAUAGAUCAUCUGAAAAUCGUAUACAAAUCAUAUUACAAUCUCUCGAGAUUACUUAUGAUGCGUUUACUAUCAACAAACUUAUCGAAUAUUUUCAGCCUGAUAGGAAACGUGAUUUACAAGGCAUAAAAGAAAUUGCUUAUUCAACAUUUAAUGAUAUUAAAUAUCGUACACAUUUUCUCUUCAAUCAUUAUCUAAAAAAUAUUCAAGCAUCAGAUAUUAAUAUUGAUCUUCAACCUUUUUAUUUUCUCUUGCCAGAAAAUGGUGUUUACCGAUGUGAUUGCUCAGUACUCUGUUUGAAUUUCGGUCAUUUCACAUUUAAAGGUGGUCCUAGUUAUAUUAACAAAGAAAUAGAAAUAGAAAAAACAUCUGAAAAUAAUAAUACAGAGUCUUUAUACUUUCCAUUAAAACUUAGAUUAGAGAACAUUCAAUUACUCUAUUUCAAUACAUAUAUUGGACUUGAUAAUGCUCCAAUGAAUUUAAUCAAGCCAAUCACCAUCUUUGUCGAUAUACACAAGUGUAUUGAUUCUGAAAAUGCUGUAUUACCAACUUGGAAGAUCGAUAUACAAAUUUCAGCUAUUGAUGGUCGAUUAUCUGAUAAACAUAUUUUCGAAAUUAUCAAACUUUUUCAAUCUAUUUCAUUUCCUGAAUCAAAAGAAGAACCAGUGGAAACUGAAAUACGUCUAGAGUCUACAACAUUUGAAGUUACCGUACCUCGUAGAGAUACGAAAAAAACAUUGGAAGCAGUGGAAAGUAUGACACCAGUACAAAAGAUCUUACAAGAAGCAGCCAGUGCCGAAGCAGAAGACAAAACACAUGAGCAGGUACCAGCAGAGAUUGUCAAGAAAAAAGUUGAUUUAGAAGACCAAAUAAUAGAACUUGAAGUUACUUUUGAACUUCCACAAAUUGAUCUGCUCAUCGAAGAGUCUCUAUCAAAUUCAUCGAAUGAUACACAACCAUUUAUUCGUAUUUCACUGCUAUCAAUUAUUGCUCGAACUACAAUGAAAACAUUCGAUAUCAAUUUCAAUGCAUCUCUUGCAGAUUUUAUUAUUGUUCAUGAACAAUUUAUUACUAAUAAUAAUGAUCGACUUUGUUUAAUUGCUAUGGAAAGACUUAGUGAUCGAGAAAAUGAUACACUUAUUAGUAUUAAUGGUUUUUUGACAUCACCUGUAAAUCCAAAUUUUGCAUCUGCUCCUUACAAUAGUAUCGAAAAUCAAAUACAUAUACAUAUCGGCAAACCUAUUCUCAUGUUACAACUGGAAGCAAUUCUGUCUAUUAUUAGAUUUCAAAAUGAUAUCAUGAAAAAGAUAUCGAAAGAUAAAAAAGAGACAAAAAGACAAACUGUAUCAAAAGAGAAUCCGAAACAUAUCGUAAAAAAAGAUCCGGCAUCAGGAAUGUCAACAUUUCAAUUCGAAGUUCAUCUCGAAGGAUUACGUGCAAUAAUUGGACUUGAAUUCUUCCAAAUAAUUGAUAUACAAAGUCAAGGUCUUCAUGCUCACAUAUUGAAUUCAAUCGAAAAAACAUCAGCCCAUUUGAUUCUUACUGAUUUACGUGUCUUUGAUGCUAAUCCAAAUGCACGCUAUCGUCAUAUUAUUUCACAACAAACCAAUGAUAAACAACUCUUAUACAUUGAUUUUACUCUCUUCAAUUAUCCAAAAAAAUACGAAAAAACUAUUGAUGAUAUUGAUUGUGACAUCAAAAUACAAUUGACUAAAUUAAAUAUAGUUCUUCUCUACAAGCAUAUUGACCUCAUUUUGAAUCUAAUCAAUCUAUUUCAAAUAAAAAAAACUAAAUCUAAUGUUUCUUCAAAUGAGCCAAGUGCUAUCUCGGAAACUAUGGAAAAAUUUCAAAAUCAAGCACGCAAACUUCAUCUUGAUGUAAUACUCAAUGCACCGAGCAUAUUUGUUCCAACAAGUUCUUAUUCAAAUGAAGGACUUUUUAUUGAUUUCGGUCAAUUAACAGCACAGACACAUUUUAAUAAUGAUUCAAAUCGUUCAUUUGUCGAACAGCAAGUUAUAAUCAUUAAAAAUCUAUUUGCAAGUCGAGUUCAACUUGAUAAAAACAAUGAAACACGUGGUGACAUUAGCCUACUUAAAUGUACAGAACUCAGUACAUUGAUUGAUCGUCUGUUAUAUCCAGAAAAGAUUCAAAAUGAACCAGAAAUUUCUAUUAUAGCGAAAUGGGAUACUAUUGAAUUUACAUUAGGAAAAGAUGAUUAUGCAUGUAUAAUGAAAAUAUUUAAGGCAAACUUUUCAGAGAAGAUUUAUCACAAGAUACCGAAGUCUACUAUUAUUCAAGAAAAGGUUGAAUAUAGACAAAAGAGUGUUACUGUUACAAAUAAAAAUCAACAAAAUUUGAGUGAUAAUCAAGUUUCGAAAAAAAUUCAUUUCAAUGCUGAAAUAAAGAAGAUUGCUCUAACAUUGUAUCUCAGCGAAUCAAAACUGACCAUUCGACAUGCAUCACGUGAUGAAAAUUUAAAAUUUCUUGAUUUACGAUUUGAAAUGCUCACAGCUGACUUUUGUCAACUAUCCGAUUCGAAUUACAAUGGUAAGGCACAAAUACAAACAUUCUUAUUAGAAGAUUUACGCGAAACAAAUAAAUCCAAUACUGUUACACAUAUGAUCGAUCGAAAUUUCAAUAUUGAUCCAAAUGUACCAAUGUUUACAGUUACUCUUGAAUUUAAAAAAGAAAAUAAACAACAAUCUAAUGGUGUUCGAGAAGUCAAUGCUGAACUUGAAAGUUUUUAUAUUUGUAUGAGUCCAGAUUAUUUUAUGGCAUUAUAUAACUUUUUUAUCUUGAGUCUGUCGUUAAGUGAUGAGAAGAAAUCAUAUCCAUCAAUAAUGUAUACAGACACAUCGCCUGAUAUGCCAUUGCCAGCAAAACCUAUAUCAACAUUUCGUCGAUCGAAUCGAUUAUUCAGUGAUGCAUCAGAAUCUCCAUUGCAUUCUCCUAAGAGAUCGUUCGACACAUCUCCUACAUCUGAGAUUGAUGAUUAUCUUCAUACUAAAGUUAAUAUCGUAAUUAAAAGUCCGGAGAUUAUUUUACUUGAAGAUCAACAUAAUAAAAAUUCGAAUUGUCUUGUACUUGAUUUUGCCUCUCAAAUACGUAUGGAUAUUGUCGGCAAUAAUACAAAGAUAUAUGGUUCACUGAAAGAUUUGACUAUUUACGGUUCAAAUUUUGCUGAAUUAAAAACUUCGAAAGUCAAAUAUCGAAUUUUGCAACCGGUCGAUAUCAAUAGCAUUUUGAUUAUGAACUCAAAAGAGCAAAAGAUCGAUCUACAUAUUGGGGAUAUUACCAUUCAAAUUCCUCCAGCAGCAAUUCGUACAGUUCUUAAUUUGAUAAAAUCAAUGGGCAAACUUGAAACUCCUAUUCGAAAUGAAACGGAAAAAGUUAAUUCGAAAGGAAUCUUUGAUACAAAACCAUUCAAAGAUGCUAGUUUUUGGUUUAUCAAAGAUAACGAAGAGAAACAAGAAUUAAUUGAACAGACAGAUGUUUUGGAAUUAACUACUGGUACUCCUUCACAUAAGAAAGCUUCUAUUGAAGAAGCAAAUAAACAUAAAGAAAAAGAAGAAAAAAUCCAAAGUCAAAACAUUCUCUUUCAACAAGUUAAUUUAAAUUUGAAAAUAAUCGAAAUUAAACUUGAACUUGGCACAGGUUCAUUCACGAAACCUGUAAUAGCUAUGUGUCUCUCAAAUCUAUUUGUCGAUGUAAAAAAUUGGUCUAGUAAUAUAAGUAUUUCAUCUAAAAUUCAUGUUGAAUUAGCUUUAUUCAAUGAUAAUUUAUUGUCAUGGGAACCACUUAUUGAACCAGUUAUUAAUGAUCGUGGUGAGGUUGUAUGUCCAUGGUGUAUUACAUGUUCGACUUCAAAUCAUGAAGAAGACGAAGAAAAUGACGAUGAGUCACGAUUCUUGCUUGAUGAUCCAAAAUCAUCUUCGAAUACUGAACCAGUACAAAAAGAUGAUACUGUAAGUUUGGAUGCUAAACAAGUUAUUUAUGUUCGAGCCGAUCAUCUACUCAACAUUACUAUAACAAAGACGAUGUUGAAUCUUGCACAACGUCUGUCUACUAUGUUUAAAAACGCUUAUAAUACUGAAUCAUCAUGGAAUGAAGAUAAUGAUGAUGAUGAUGAUGAUCGAUCAAUGUUAUCAAUACACAAUAUGACAGGAUAUGAUAUUUACAUUGAUAAUUUAAAAGGUGUUAAGUUUCUCGAAGAUAAAAAAUUAAAUACUCCAAUUCAUCUCAAACAAUAUGAUUCACUUCCAUUGACAGUACCUAGUGAACGAUUAUCGGCGACACGAAUUCCUGCUAUUGCGGAACAAAUGUCUAAUAGAAGACAACAAUUUUCUGUUCAAAUUGCCAAUGAAGUCAAAACAGUAGAUAUCAAUCAAACAUGGAGACGAGUAUUUGAUUUAGGUCCAUCAUCUAUUCCAGAUUGGCCUAUUCAAUUACUUUGUGAUUCUCAAUUAUAUAAUGAUCGUCGACGAAUAGUUCUAAGUUCAAUCAUCAAAGUAUUCAAUAGAGCUACAAUGCCAGUGAUGAUUUUAGAUAUUGAUUCAGUUGAAAUGGGAACAUAUCAAGAAGUAGCUCGUAUUGAACCCAGUGGAGAAUUGUAUCUUCCACUUGAGCUGGUUUAUGCCCACAUGAAUUCACAUCUAUUUAUUACCAUCGAAGAAGCUAAAUCUACGAAUGGCAUUCAGGAUUUCAUCUCAUUUGACUGGGCAAUCGAAUCUUCUACCGAUCGUGUAUUGAACAUGAAAAAUGGCAAAGAUGUUAAUCUUGUUUUCUAUAAAGAAUUAAAGGAUGCUUAUUCAGAAAAUACUGAUGAACCUAUUCGAACUUCAUUUCAUGUCUACGUCAAACUAGCUCUUCAUCUCAUUAAUCUUUUAUCACUUGAUGUCGAAUGUUCGAUUGACAAUGUCGAACAAGUCGAAUUGAAACCGAGCCGCCUGUAUCAUAGUAUAUCGGGUAGCAAAAAAUCUGUGCUGACAUUUAUGAUUCCAUGCUAUAACGAUGCUAAAUGGAUAUCGGAACCAAUUGAUUUGACCAUUAAAAGCAACAAUAAUCACAAUGAUCAUCCUAUUAUAUUUCAUAAUGCUACUACACAAGAAACAUUGAGAUUGCUCUUGCGUGUCGAUACAUAUCGAGCAUCGUAUCGUGCUUCUCUCUAUUCUCCAUAUUGGAUUGUUAAUUGUACUGAUAUGAAGUUUGAAUUCAAAGUUGAAGGCGAAAAGACAUUGAUCGAGAUUGUUGAUCCACCAUUUUUCGUAUGUCCAAUUAAUUUUGAUAGUAAAAAGAAAAAAGGUCAAAUACGUAUUUUCAAUAAAGAACAAGAUGAUGCCGUGUCUGAAUGGUCUGAAGAUUUUUCACUUGAUGUAAUUAAAAGUACUGGAAUGGCUAGUUGCAAAAUAGCGAAUGACAGAACAUAUAUGAUCUGUAUUGAUAUCGUCACUUCUUCAUUUGGUAUGACGAAAAUUGUUACACUAGCUCCAGCUACAGUCGUCAUCAAUAGAUCAACUAUUGAAAUUGAAGUUACUGAAGCACAAACAGAAAUAGAAGAGGAACAAUGGAGAUUAGUAAAGCCUGAAGAUAUUAUUCCAUUUUGGCCACGUAAUGUAGAAGAAGCUAUUAUGCGUGUUCGUUAUACACAUAAUCGAAUAUCAUCAACUGCAUUUUCAUUUACUCAAAAACAUCGAACAUUAUUACGUAUGAAUGAUGAAGAACGUCCAGCACUUCAAGUUGAAGUUAUUGCAACUGAUUUCGAUGGAUUUCGUGUCGUUUUUGGUGACUACAAGAUUGGAGAUGCACCUAUCUUAGUAGUCAACUGUUUGAAAUCUUUACCGAUUGCAUUCUGUCAAACAAAUGAUGUAAGAACACAAAUAUUACCACCCCUACACUAUGUUUAUUAUACAUGGAUCAAUCCAUUGAAACUACGAACAUUAUUCAUUGGAUGUCAUGAUCAAAGUGUAUCAAUUGAACUUAAUCCACUUUGUGGUGUUCUUGAAGCAAAUGAUCAACAACAAGUGUACUAUACAGUAUUUCAAGAUGGUCCUCAAACAGUAUUACUCUUCACUGAAGAAACAGAUCUUAUCGAAGCAGUUACAUAUAUGCCAUCAUUAGGUGAAUCAAUGAAACAGCAUUUACAAAUUGGCAUUCGUGAUAUUGGCAUAGCGAUUAUCGAUGAUAUUGUUCGGAACGAUUUAUUUUAUAUUAGUAUAAGCAAAUCUAAAGAUAUCUGGAUGGAGAGCAGCAAGUCUCGUAUGAGACCACUUUCAUACGAUCUCAAUAAAUAUGUUGAUGAACAAUAUGAAUCGUAUAUCAAAGAUGUAAAUGCUCAUUCAAAUGAUGAAGAAUUUUUAAAUAAGAAAUAUCGUAUAGAUGAAAAUCGCGACGUUUCUUUCGAUGAAGAUACUGCUGAAUUGACCGAUCAUCAAGAUCAUCUAGUACGUAUUAAACGACAACCAUUGGAUGGAUUUUGGGUUGGCUUUGCUUGGUCGGCAAGCAAUGCUGCAAUUCAUCUACGUAUCAAUCGUAUACAAAUUGACAAUGAACAUGAAUUUACUUUAUUUCCAGUUGUUCUUAAUCCAAUUGUUUCUAAAGCAGCAGGCACUGAUAUACCUGGAAAACCAUUUAUUGAAUUUAGUCUAUUCAAAACAACAAUAGCACGAUCGAAUACGAUGCAUAUCAAAUAUUUAAAAUUGCUUGUUCAAGAAUUUGUCUUUUGUGCUGAUCAAACUUUAAUCAUGUCGAUUCUUACAUUUCUAAAAUCUGAAAAGGUUACAGCAGCACCUACACUUAAUAUGGACUCAGAUUUGAAACGUAUUUAUAAGCCAUUGAAAGCAAUUACUGAAGCUCAAUCAAAUAGUCUACCAGCUGAACCAAAAAUAUACUUUGAUAAUAUGCAUUUAUCUCCACUCAAGAUUCACGUCAGUUUUUCAAUGCAUGGCACAGGCAAAAACGAACAAUUACUAGCUGAAUAUCCAUUAGUUGAUUUCUUAUUACAGAUAUUAAAUGUAGCAGAAGUACAAGAUGUUAUUUUAAAAAUAAAUUGUUACGAACGAAAAAAUGAUCAAUUUACGACAGCAAAAGUGAUUGAGGAAAUUGAAAAUCAUUAUCAAAAUCAAUUGAUGAGACAAAUUCAUGUAGUCGUUCUUGGUUUGGAUGUACUUGGAAAUCCAUUCGGUCUUAUACGUGGAGUUGCGGAAGGUGUUGAAUCAUUCUUUUAUGAACCAUACAAGGGUGCUAUGGAAGGACCAAUACAAUUUAUCGAAGGAAUAGCAAUUGGUACUCGACAUUUGCUUGGUUCUGCUGUAGGUGGUGCAGCUGGUGCUGUUUCAAAGAUUACUGGUGUAGCUAGCAAAGGUUUAGCAACGUUAACAUUCGAUGAAGAUUAUCAAAAUGCUCGAAUAGCACGUAAAGAAGUUGCUGGACAUACAGUAUCUGAUGUUGUUUUCAGUGGAAAAAAUGUUGGCAAGGAUAUUGCCCAUGGCGUUAAAGGUGUAGUGAAGAAACCAAUGGCUGAUGCCAAAAAAAGAGGCACACCAGGUUUUAUAAAAGGCUUAGGUAAAGGUUUUCUUGGAUUAAUCGCACGACCAGCCAGUAGUAUUGCUGAAUUUACUAGUACAUCGUUCGAUUUAAUCAAACGAGUGGCUGUGCAUGAAGAAGUUGUUCAUCGUGUUCGAAGUCCACGUCAUGUCGGUCGAGAUGGUAUUGUUCGACCUUCAACUGCUCAUGAAAUAAGAGGAUUUUAUAUUUUGAAUACACUCGAUGAUGAAAAGUACAAGAAAUCCGAAGGUUAUAUUGCACAUAUUGAUUGUUCUGAAGAUCCACCUAGUUGGCUUCUUGCCACUUCCAAACGAUUAUUAUUUUUAACUGAAAAAAGCGGCUCAUCCGAUGCCUAUGAUGUUGAAUGGGAUUGUCCAUACAAAGAAUUGAAAGGAUCACCUGUUGUUAAAUUUGAACCAAACGUAAUUCAAAUUAUUUUUAAAGAACCAAAAGUACUUGGACUAAUCAAGACAGACGAAUCGCAUGAAAAAACGGUCUCCUAUCGAAAUACUGGUGAAGCUCGAUAUAUCGUCGACAAAAUCGCUCAGAUGAUGCGUGCAAUGGAACUUUAA